AGACUCUGACACCUCACUGAGCUUCAAUGGCGAAAACCCUAGCUCGCUCCACCGCUUCACGCAUCACCAAACGCUUCUUCUCCACCUCCGGAGCCACCACUCCUUCCCCUUCUUACCUCCUCUCCCGUAGAUCAACCCCAGCAAUCUCCCAUGCCGUCGGAUUCGUCUCUUCCUUGAAUCGUCUCACAACGAUUCGAACUCGAAUGGACAGGUCCGGUGGAUCAUACUCUCCACUCAAAUCCGGUUCGAAUUUCAGCGACCGACCACCUACAGAGAUGGCGCCGUUGUUUCCUGGCUGUGAUUAUGAGCAUUGGCUUAUUGUAAUGGACAAACCUGGAGGCGAAAACGCUACAAAGCAACAAAUGAUUGAUUGUUAUGUUCAAACCCUAGCUAAAAUCCUCGGCAGUGAGGAAGAAGCUAAGAAGAAGAUUUAUAAUGUAUCGUGCGAAAGGUAUUUUGGAUUUGGUUGUGAGAUUGAUGAAGAGUCAUCAAAUAAAUUUGAAGGGCUUCCUGGUGUUCUUUUCGUUUUACCAGACUCUUAUGUUGAUCAAGAAAACAAAGAUUACGGAGCUGAGCUGUUUGUGAAUGGAGAAAUAGUCCAACGACCUCCAGAGAGACAGAGAAAGAUCAUAGAGUUAACGACCCAGAGAAGCAAUGAUAAACCAAAGUACCACGACAGGACCAGAUAUGUCCGAAGGAGAGAGAACAUGCGUUGAAUCAAAAUGUGAUAUCAGACCAAAGAGAAGUUGUUGUCCAAUGUUCGUGUCUGCCUGCAACAGAAGCUUGUUUCUAUGUUGGCUUUGUCGUUUGGUUUUAUUAGAACUUGGAAUUGGAUGAAACUAUUAUUAUUGCAUAUACAUAAUUUCGCCUUUGAACGAUGUUUGUUUCGAAUUAUGAUAAUAAAAAUCUAGCCCUCUU